AUGCAGACCAUCCGAAACCAUCUGAAGCAUGACCGAGAUGAAGCAGAAAGACUCGCUAGACAGCAAUUGACAGAGCCUCGGACGCGGGAUCGACUGCAAGAGCUCAUGCUGAGAGGUCUUACUGUCAACAUCCAGCAAGUCGCCGAGGACUACGCUCUUGACUACGAUGUGAAGGCAGCUACAGCAGGCUCUGACAAUAAUUCUGAGAGAUCAUACUCUGGUGAGGAUAUCUACAUUGCGCCCGACAAUGGCUCUCUGUGCGAACUGGAUGUCGGUUUUGAUCCUCUGCAAUCUGGUGCUGAUGACUCUCUGGCAGCCACUCCUGUGGGCUCUCAGGACAAUGACCUUCUCGGGGCGCUUGCUAUCGAUGACAUCUACCCACUUGAAGUGCCUGGCUCACCGGUAUCCAUGUACUCCCACUCUAGCGACAACAUUCAUCAUGAUCUCUUCGAAGCCCAGGAAGAUUUGCCCCAUGAGGAUGGCGAAGAGGACGAUGAACUUGACAUUAACAUUUUAGAUGAUCCUCUCUUUGUCUCUCGUGAGGACGUAUUCGAUAAUGAGGAAGAACCAGAAGACACUGAAGAUGAUGACUCAACUAGCAACUUGCCACCAGCGUUUGACGAAGACCCCCUCAUUCGCAACGCAUAUAUCAAUGCAUUCAUUGCGGCCUCAUUUCAUCAUGCGACUCAUGACCUUGUCCAGCAUAUACUCGAGAGUCAGUAUGACUUGUUCAUUUCUCUGUCCGAUCAGACAGGUCACGAACUUCGUGGGCUCGAGAAUAUGGCUCGCACUCUUCAUACGGUAGAGCGCUGCUUGGGUAUUGACCCCGACAAAUUCAUCAUAUAUCAUUUCCUGUGUAAUGUAUGCUGGUAUCGACAUCAUCCCUCCGAACUCAGCGAGCUGAAAUCUCCAAACUGUAUGCAGCCAGACUGCCCAGGAAUUCUAUACACGACAAAGAAAUUGAGUAAUGGGCACAUGAAACGCACUCUCGUCAAAAUAUUCCCAUCAAUGCCUCUCACAACUGUGAUACAGCGCAUGUUGCUUCGCCCAGGCAAGUAUGCUGAACUCCAGCAAUGGCGGAAGCCUGGUGAUGAGCCGGGACGUGUGGCACCGCUUGCAUGGCCAAUAGAUGGCUGGGAUGCUUUUCCAGACCCAGAUGUACGCAUGUGCGACAUCUAUGAUGGCUGA